CUGUUUUCCAACAAUAGAUCCGGAUCAGACUCGAACGAGACUGAACCGGUACCCAAAGUCUUUCCUAGCCUAGGCACAUGAGAUGGCCCAUUGGCGCGACGAAGAGACCAAACACUUGGUAACCCUGUGGAGCCAGAACGAUGUACAGUUAGUGCUGAAUGGAGGCAAAAGGAACCGAUUCGUCUUCGAAGAAAUAAGUAGGAACAUGAACUCCGCAGGCUACAGCAAAACUGCAGAUCAAUGCAAAUGUAAAAUCAAAAAGUUGAAAUUCACCUACCGACGACUGAAACAGAAACAGCAACAGUCGAGCGAAGAGAUGAAGUGCAAUUGGCAAUUCUGGGAGGCUAUGGACGCGGUGUUAGCGGCAAGUACAUAUCUAAAGACACCAUGUCCGCCAAUAGCAACGGCACAAGUGGAGUGUAAUGUGGAUGAGUGUGAGCAGAUCAAAGCUGCAGACCGACAAGUUGCAAGCUGGCCUGAUCUCGAGACUGCUGAGAGAGAUCAAUGUGAAGAGGGUUUCGACAGCAUGCCACCUGGGAGAGUUCCUAGUGUACAUAACUCUGGUUCAAACUCUCCAUUAAACGUUGCUCCAAAUGAGACAAAGGCAACUGUUUGUAGUGGAGGAGCUCAGAAGAUGAAUUCCGAUGGGAACUGUCGAAAGAGGAAGAGACCACUUGAUACCAGAGAGGCACAGUCAGAGGUACUGGUAGAUAAGAUGAUGAAAAUGCUAGAGGAGAGUAAUCAACAUCACAUGAGGCUGGAGGAGAAACUGCUGCACCUUGCAGAACAAAUGAGGCAGGACAGCCGGGACUUUCAGAUGCACAUGAUGUCAUUGUUAUCUAAUAUCACGGGUGUCAAUGGAGCAUAUCCUUCAGUUGCUCCCUGUCAUGGGACAUACUAUUUUGUGCAGCCUAAUGAUGAGUAAUUGUACUACGAGAUUGUUGUAGUUAGCAGAAAAGUUAUAUUGACAGCUUGACUGGCCAUGGUACAAGUAGGUAUAAUAUACGUUCUACAUGAAUAUUUGUUAGCUGAUAAUUAUAGACAUAACAGUGUCUUACAAAGUAACAAAUCAAUCAUGGUUAUCCCACUUUUUUAACUUAAUUAAUUAAUAGGUUGUGUGUGUGGUGUGGUGUGUGUGUGUGUGUGUGUG